CAAAACCCCCUUAUCCUCUCCUCCCCAAACUUUCUCUAACAACCACUUGGCGCCAUUUCUACAGAAGGACACUGAAAGAAAGAUCGAAAGGAAGCUGAGCAAACGACCAUGCUCCGCGCACCACCUGAUUCCCUCUUUCCGCUUCGUCACAUUCACAAACCCAACUCACUACUCAGAACUCGGACGACUCGGUUUUGUUGCAAAGCAAGUCUUAUCACAAACUCUGACUCGUUCGAGGUGGGUCGACUCAUUGGGAGCUAUGGCUUCAUGAACAUCACCAGCUCUUCCGGGUCUCCAUUGGGCGAAGAUACUGAAUACUCAUCGGGUGAUUUGGGGCGGUUGAGAGUUCAAGAUGUAGGAGAAGGCAGUGUAAAGAUCAGGCUAUAUGAUGGGAGAGUCUCUCAGGGUCCGCUGAAAGGGACUCCGGUUGUUUUUAAGGUUUAUCCUGGACAACGAGCUGGUGGGAAUGAGGCGGAUAUGAUGGCUGCUAAUGAGCUAAAUGCUCACCUAUUCCUUCAAAACAGUUCAAAUGGCAUCUGUCAGAAUCUUGCAAUACUCGUAGGUGGGUUUGAAACGAAAACUGGAGAGCAGUGGCUUGCUUUUCGUAAUCAUGGGAAAUCUAGUGCCGCAGAUUAUGCUAAAGUUAUGAGUGAAAAAGUGUCAAGAAACCGUGCAGCGGGAGUUUGGAAUAAAUUUGAGCAAGAGGAAACAAUCAAACGCAGAAGAUAUUUUGUUACCAAGCUGCUUCAGGGUAUUAUGAGAGGUCUGGCUUACAUGCAUGAUCAUGACAGGUUGCACCAGAGUCUUGGACCAGCUUCUGUUAUUCUGAACACAAUUACAGAGAGAGAUGCUGCUUACUUGGUCCCACGACUUCGGGAUCUAGCCUUUUCUGUUGACAUUGGGUACUGUUUAGCAGAUGACCGGCUAUUAGAUGCUGUGAAGUUCCUGGAUCUUGGAGAUGGUGCUGGUUGGGAGUUACUCCAGGCAAUGCUGAAUCCUGACUUCCGAAAACGGCCAAUUGCACAGGCUGUACUCAAUCAUCGCUUCAUGACCGUGGGCGUUCUUUGAGAUUUUGGAUAAAAAGAUUUGAUUUAUAAUGUAUAUUGAAAGGUAAAAGGUACAUGGAUAAUUAGAUGAAGGCUUAAUUAUUGGUAUGCCCCAUGUGCUUUACCAAAAAUCUCAAUUUACCCCUUGUACUUGCAAUUGGCUCACUUUACCCCCUGUGCUUUAUGCUCGUGUCCUCCGUUCCCCUAUUCCGUCUAGUUCCUCACUUGAUUUAUAAAUAUAUAUUGAAAGGUAAA